ACGUCAGUCAGAGUCGCGCACCAUCAUUCGACACACUCACAGAAAUAAGAGCAGCGGUAGUGUAUAGUACGUCCAGACUGGACUUAAAAGUGGUCAACGCAUCAGCGGAAGAUCAACGAGACGAAGGUGAAAGCAAGAUUGAAAUUAUUGUUUUCGCAGGAAAUUUCAAGGUGGAUCGUAAAUAAAUCGCCAUUAAACCGUUCCAGCAGAGUCUAGGGAAGGUCAAGUCACUUCACAACAUACUGACCAUCCGUGAAACUAAUUGACCGGCUUGAGUUUCGCACAGAGGCGGUGGUGACCUUUAUUUGCAAAAAAUGGAUGUCUUCAUGAUGAUUAGACGAAAGAAGACUACCAUCUUCACCGAUGCCAAAGAAACGACACCUAUAUUCGAACUCAAACGAAUGAUUGAAGGAAUCUUGAAAGUGCCUCCCAGGGAUCAACGCCUCUACAACAAGGACAACCAGUUGAUGGAGGAUGACCGAACGUUGCAGGAUUGUGGUAUAACGGUUGCCACGGCAAAGGCACAGUGCCCCGCCCAGCUCGGGUUGGCCGUCCGGGAUAAUGGGGGUGAUUUCGAAGUGCUGGAAAUGACACCUUACUCUCUGCCGCCGGAUCUACCAGAUGUAAUGAAAAAUCAGGACUCGGCAAACGGACAGGAUCAGCUUGCUUAAUCGGGGACUUUGUAGAUUUAUUUUUCGCUAUCAAUUGCAUCUGCAAAAAGUUUGUCACAUAGUUCGGCUAUAUGAUCAUAUUUCGUACAUCAAUACAUUUACAACCACACACCCGUGCACACACAUGUACAUGCAAACUUUACCCGCGCUCACUUACCGUCAACAUAGAUAGCACUUUCUGUUUCACAGUUUAGUUUUGCUUUUUUGGUAAAAUAUUGUGGUAGACUUUUGGAUGUUCAAAAAUGGGGAAAUAAUUGUCGACGCGUCGGACCGUGGAAUAAAAUAAGAUCAGUUUCAGCCGUGCUUAGGGAAUGCUUUUUCAAAGCAAGCGGUUAUCGUUUUCUGUAUUUUUAUUUUUACAUUUGUAAUUAAAUUGUGAAUUUAAUAAAUUAGUGUUCGAUUGGGAAA